CUCGCACGUUGUGAGAGUGAGUUGUUAAACGCUUGUACCAGUGUUUUCCUCUUUAGAGAAACAUGUUGUUCUUGAGAAAAAGUGUUAUUAUAUUAGUUUUCAUAAGUUUGCUUGGUUUGACAAUUGCACUUAAUUGCGAUGGCGAACCAUCUUCGAACGAAGGUAAAUUGUUGAAAAAGCUGUUCUGCUACAAUUACGACAAAACAGAGCGGCCUAUAAAGAACCAUAGUGCAGCAGUGAAUGUAACAAUGAACGUUCACGUACAAAACUAUGACUUGGAUGAACGGAAAUCUACUCUCACGACAUUCGUUUGGAUGAGCAUGUCUUGGAAAGACGAGUAUCUAUCAUGGGACCGUAUGGAGUAUGGGAUAGACAAGUUGAUUGUGGAAUCAAGUGAAAUAUGGACUCCAACAAUUAUCCCUUUCAACAAUUAUAAAAGCACAGAAGAGGCAUGCUCGAACCAUCGUUGCGAGGUGAAUCAAUUGGGGAUGGUACUGUGCGUGCCACCUUGUCAGUAUGAAGCCUUUUGUGCGAGCAACACUGCUAAUUGGCCAUUCGACACACAGAACUGCUCAGUGUCUCUGGGCACCUGGGUCGAGGAUGUAGAGAAGAUAAAAAUCAACGAAAAGACCAACAUAACUACAUACUACAUUAAAGUGCCACACUCCGAAUGGAAAAUGGUUUCUGCUAAUGCCAAGCAAUUUUUAUACGACAAUGAUACGUACCCUACUGUAGAGUAUACCUUUUUGCUUGAACGUCACAUUGCUAUAUAUGGAGCUAUCUUAACACCUGGAUUUAUCAUGGCUAUACUCAACAUGGGAAUUCUUUGGAUGAGCUGCGUCAGCUCGGAGCGACUCUACAUUUUAUGUGGAACGUGCCUUGGCCACUUCAGCUAUUUGCAAUACUUGUACUGGCGUGUUCCGUACCAUGGCGUUGCCGUUCCAAAACUCCUGAUUUUCUUUCGUGAUUCGCUCUUGAUAAAUGUUGCGAUACUGGCAUUCACUAUCAUGCUGAGGCAAAUGUGUCUGUCCACCGGAAACUCGAGCAGCGUGUUUGAUAAGCUAGCUAUCAAAGUAGCAUCAACCAACGUGGGAAGCAUAUUACUUCAAUCAGAACGUGUAGGUAACGUUAGCAAAGAGGAGAAUGAUCAUCAUGCUGAACCGAACGCAGAUGGGGAUACAGUAAACCUAGUGGUGGAGGCAACCGAAGCCAAGAUCGACGAUAAGCCGAACACAAAUUGCACCAGACAGAUCCUCGUGGCGACCUUCUUAGACAGGAUUCUUUUCGUUUGCAGUCUGUUUAGCUAUAUAUUGAUGAUUUUCAAUAUACUACCAAGUGAAAAUUGAGAAAUAUGAAUAUUUGAUACAACAGAAUAUUUAAAAUUUACAAUAAACGCUAUAGAAACUACCAGACAGAUCU